AUGGCGACGAGGUUUCCAACUCUCCGAGGUGGGAAGAAGAAUGAGAAGGCGAGCGGCAGUAGCAGCGAAGAAGACCCCUCCUUCAAGGCGUCACAGGACGAGAUCAUGAACGACUCUUCUGAUGAGGAGAGCGACGUCGACCUGCCAAGUGAGGAGCUGGAGAGCUCGUCCGUCUUCGAUGAAGCCAAGGCGAAGGAGGAGGAGAAAUACCUGCCGAUCGAGCUCCCGCCGAGAGUGGAGGGAGACUACAGUGGGGUUGAGCAAUGGUGCGAUGGCCGAAUCCUCUACACCAAGAGGUCGAGUCAGGAGCUGCGUAUAGAAUUUCAGCAAGUUCCUGAAUGGGAAGCAUCAAAUCGAAUCUACUGGCCGUCAGACGACAAGGACAUUCGGGUCAAGGAAGGACAGGAAGGGGGAAAGCAUCUCAGCAAUGAGGAGAGGAUGAUGAUGAGCAGGCAGAUGUUGGAUGCGGCACGAGACAACAACUUCUUCCUUGCGUGCAAACUUGUCUGGUUUGGCGCGGACAUUCGCUACACUCAAGAUUCCAAAAUCUCUUUCCUGCACCUUGCAGUCCUGCACAACGAUGCAAACGCGACGAGGUUUGCGCUUGAGAAAGGAGUCGAUGUGAACGCGAAGAUGAAAGACGGAAACACUCCUCUCCACCUCGCUGUGGUCCUGGGUGAGUGA